AUGUUUUUAGUGCUGGACAUCGAAUCAGGUGGGUCCUCACCAUUUCCUCCUGUAGGUCACAUAGAGGGCAUGUGUUUUGCCAAGCAAUCGUGUCCGGUACGUAGUCUAAACUCAGCAACGGCUUCGAUUCUUGGCCAGUCGGGUAUGUCGGAGAUUGCCACUGUCCACUGUUUCUCCUUUGUUCGAGCUUUAAGCCUUCAUUGUGUGGAAAGACAUCGGGCGGUCCAUGCAUUGCAAAAUCGUUGUCCCCUUCUUAGCAAAUGCGUUAGCAAACGCAUUGUCUAUAAUGCCACAGUGACUAGGAAUCCAUUGUAG